AUGCCAGCAGUCAUCAGAGCAUGCAUCAUCUGCCACAAGAGAAAGGUCAGAUGCGAUCUGGAGAAACAGCAGCCAUGUAGCAACUGCAUCAAAGCAAAGGCCGAGUGCCUCCCAUUUACCCGCAAACGCAAAAGAAUCACCAACAGCAUCUCCCCCUCCCGGGAGGACCCCCGCACCGCAUACAGUCCAGCCGCUGCCAUCGCCAAUGAAAACAGCUACAGCGGCCGCAGCGAGUAUCUCAGCGGGAGUGUCCCCUUCGACGAGACCUUGGUGCAGUCCGGCCAGGAUGCCCUCGACACCGACAACCACGAGGACUUGCAGCUCUUCCAGCACCAGCGGGUUUUUGAUCUCCCGCCCAAGCCCGUCCAGGCCCAUCUCAUCGACUGCUUUAUGCGGUACUGUGCGCCGUGGACGCCGAUUAUCGAGCCUGAAUGGUUGGCCGCGGAGGCUCCCUCGCCGCUGUUGUUGCAGGCCGUCCUGCUGGCGGGGAGUCGUGUGUCCGCGCCCUCGGAGGAGGUUUCGAGUAAGGACUUCUACCGCAAGGCCAAGUUGCUCUACUUCUUCGGGAGUGGCAACAACUCGCUGAUCUCGAUCGUGUCGGCCUGUUUGCUACACUGGUACAAUCCCGUCGGACCAGAGAAGGUCUCCACUGAUACGAGUGGGUUCUGGAUCCGCACGGCCGGCGCCAUGGCCUUUCAGAUCGGCUUGCACAAAGAGCCUGCCGCGGAUGCAAAGGACCGGGGGCUACGGAGGAGGCUAUGGUGGGCUUUAGUGGUCCGCGACAAUAUCAUCUCCGCCGGCACCGGACGACCCCGGACUAUCAACCUCAGCGACAGCGACGUCCUCCCGCCGAGCCUGGACGACUUCGACGUCCAAGACGACAAGUCUCGGCUCUUCCUCGCCUACACGACCAUCUGUCUGCUGCUAGGCGACACCGUCGAAGGCUGUCUCCGCAAGACCAUGUCCCUGCACCGCCGCAACCAGCUCGAAAACGCCCUCUACCGCUGGAUCAACCAGUCCCUCCCUUCCCUCCGCUCCGCAGCACCGCCCGACACGGUCUCCUCCACCCACGACUUCGAGGUCCACCAGCUGCUGGUCGUUUACCUAGCCAUCCUGAUCAUCCUGCACCGCUCGCCCACCCCCAACAGCGUCCCGUCGGCUGCUUCCCUGGUCGCGUCAUCCUGCAUAGCCGGCAUCUUCGAGGACUUCCACCGAAAGGACCAGCUGCAGUAUCUCGGGCCGAUCUUCGCGUUAUACGGGCUCAGCGCCGGGCUGUCGCUGCUCUCGGCGUGUCGGUACGAGCCGCUCAAGGCAACGGCCGAGUAUGAGCUGUCCACUAUCAAGCUGUGUCUGCAGACGCUGUCGAAGCGCUGGCGCUCCGCUGUGGGACCGAUUCGGGCGCUGGACAGGUUGACGGCGCAGGUGCGGCGGCAGCCCUUGUUCGAGGGGGCUGUGCCGAGUCUAAGGCUAGAGCUGGUGGAUUUCUUCAAUGGGAUCGAUCGGCGGUUCUGUCGGCAGUGGGGGGUUAUUCAGGGGGAGAGGGCUGAUGUUUCCCGGGGGAUCGCGAGUCUGGAGACGGAAAAGCGCGAUGUGAUGCCGUUCGAUGGGUACAUGGAUAUCCUGGACCAGAACUGGGAGGGGUCGGGGUUUGACUGGAGCGGGUCGUGGCUGUUGGAUAUUUGA